GGUUAAUAGAUUUUUACAAUUAUAUUAAUCAAAUUCCACACGUUACAAAAAAUGGAUAGAAGAAAUUGGGAAUAGUAGAUGCUCUUCUCAACGGAGUACCUUCGACUGAUCUUUUCCUGUAAAUCUCUUUGUCUAAAUUCUGAAAGUUUUAUUUCUCCGUUUUGGUUCUCACUAUUGUCUACAAUUCCGUGAACGAAUAAAAUUUGCCUCGAGUUGUUGCUAGCCACUCAUCUGGUCUUUUUUUUUUUCCCUAUCGCCAUACCGUUAUGUUUAGCAAGCAUUUCUAGUCAGAUCUUUUCUUCUUUGCAUUCAUAAUCCCGGACAAUUGUUAGAACAAAGAAAAAUUCUUCAAAAAUGUUUAAACCGGCAAAGCCUUUUGGAAGCCUUACAAAGAACUUUUUGUAGAGACAUUUUAGACGUACUAAUAGUGUAGCUUUUCUGGUUAAGAGCUCCAAUUUUUUAUUUAUAGUUUGACUGAAUUUUUACACUUAAAGAUUUUUUUCCUUGUGAGUUUGGAAAAAAGGCUGUUAAUGAAAUUAAUCUUGCAUGACUGUAUCUUAUCUUUCUCCAUUUGCUAGUCAUGUAUUUCAAGUGCGGAAUCCUUUUGCUGAUGCUCGUCGGAUAUUGUGCAGGUGGAUGUGAGGAUUCGCGUUGGGACUGUAACGUAUUGGCACGGGACGGUCAUUGUCACUCUAACCCGUAUGCAACAUUACGUGAAUGCCCCAAGGCCUGUGCCGUCAAUUGCGACCCCUGUGAAGAUCACAGGUGGGACUGCCCCAGCCUGAGCGACCACUGCCACAGCAACCCGUUCUCUACUAUCAAUGAUUGUCCAAAAACCUGUGGUGCUUGUUCCUAAAAGAGAAAUCUGCAAUCGGUAAGGUUUUUUUUUCUCCAAAU